UAUUUAACUUUAGCGACUUUAGCCUAGGAAUCCAGUUUGCUUCUGCAAUGUGUACACUUUUGUUGUCAAAUUCAUUCAUAUCGGUGUUUCUUGCUUUUGAAAACUAAAAGAAAAUCAAUAUUUCUUGUGAAAUAAAAAAUAAAUAAAUAUACAUUGGAUUGUUAAGUUAGACUUGGCAAGUUCACUUGCUAAAAUAAAAUCAGAUUUUAAUAUUCUGUGUAGAAGAAAGGAAUUAUGGAGUUUGUGUGACAAAUAAAUAAGUCUAUUUUAUCCUCGGUGCUUGUGAUAAUAGGAGCUAAAAAGGAAUAAUAAGGAAUCGCGUGUCUGUGGAAGGGUAAAAACAAGAUGAUGGAAAUAGAGAGGUGUCCGGGACUCUACUGUGGCCGAAUGUUCUUUGAAGAGAACAACACAUGGAGCAAUUGUGGAGCAUGUCCUCGGGGCUAUCGAGUAAAUGAGACUUUUGCUUGUGCCCUCUGCAAUGAGGAGCUCUCAAUGUACAAUUAUCUGUACUUGGGAUUCAUGGGUGCCCUACCACUGGUGAUGCAUUGGUUCUUUAUUGAUGUGGCAGCGAAGGAGAGGGGCUUCAGUCGGGGACAACUAAUUCUCCAUUUCAGUGCAUUUGUUGAAGUUGUCACGGCAGCUGUAAUCACUUUACUUUCCAUGGAGCCCGUGUGGCAACUUAAGAUCUAUUCCUGCCGCGUGAAUCGCCUCUCAGACUGGUACACCCUCUUCCACAAUCCUACCCCUCACUACGGCAAGAAGCUCCACUGUACCCAAGAAGCUGUCUAUCCACUGCAAACCAUGGUGUUACUCUUCUACUUUCUCUGCCUCAUCAACAUGAUGAUCCUCAGACCAUUACUCAAUAGAAAAUUUCUUAAGGCGGGAAAAUCAGCCGUCUACUGCGCCCUCUACUUCCUUCCGAUCCUCACUGUACUACACGCCGUUGCAGGAGGGCUCAUUUACUACGCAUUUCCAUACCUAAGCAUCGUAAUCUCAAUGAUUUCCAACGCAACGCAUUUCUCCAUCAAAUUGGAUCAAUCAAUGAAGUCACUAAUGAAAACAUCCCUCACAGAAAUGAAAAAUAUCGUGAUAAUAUUGGGUCAUUGGCUGUUGAUGGCUUAUGGAAUUCUUUCACUUCGCCAGCAUUAUGCAUUCUUGGCAUUUGUCCCCUUCCCAGCUAUAUUCUACAUUUUAACGGUCAAAUUCACUGAUCCAACAGAAUUCCGUGAUAAAGAUCGAUCAGAGAGAAAUAGCUGAAGUACAGUUGGGACUUUGGAGUAAAAUAGCGGAAAAUAAUUAUCUUAUCAUUUCUCCAAAGUUAAAAGCGAUUAACUAAAACAUAUAAAAAUAUGGAUAAUACUUGUGUAUAAAAUUAAUUUAUGAAUAAAUAUAUGAACGGAACAAAA